CUUCUUGAUGCAAUUAAUAUUUACCACCUACUGUCAAACUUGAUUCAUUAUGUACAAUAUCUAGAUAAAAAUGACGGCGGUAAUUCACCUCGUUUCUCUAAUCAUCGGAUUAAUUUGUUUUGUACAACAAUUUGACUGCACAACAAUCUCUGAAGGAUCAACUUCCUAUAGUGCUUGUUCAUCCCAGAACUAUCUCCAAAUUACGUAUGCAAGUUGGUACUGUAGCUCAACAUCCUACUCCAACUCGUGGACAGUGACAUCUACUGUGAAUUCUAACUGUAACUACAAUACUGCGUGCACUCUACAAGCCACAAGCAGUUGGCUGGGAGGCGACCCUUGUCCUGGAUAUAUUAAGAAUCUUGAGUGGAGUUAUUCCUGUCAUUCUUUUUGGGGUAGCUGGGAUUCAUGGGAUCCUUGCCCCGGAGAUUGUACCACCCACAACAUUGCCAGGCGCCGAAUCUGUGUCAAACCAAAUGGAGAGUGUGGAUCAGCCCCAGCGGAUUAUAAAUCUUGUAAAGAACUGGGAUGUUACUCAUCGUCAGAAAUCAGCAGAAAUACCCCAAAUGACAACAUCUACUAUAGUCUGACCCCCGACUGUUUUGUCGCCACAGGAAGGACGUCCGUCGCUUUCAGAGCACGAGCAAAUAAUAACCUCCAUAUAGCCUUGGGUAGUGAAGACAGCAGCUCAAGUGGUACUCACUACGUGAUUGUAUUCGGACACUCAAGUAACACAGUGUCUUUGCUUAAAUUUGCCAGAGGCUCGUCCUCUUGUGACAGCUACACUGGAUCGGUCCUGAGGCAAACUUAUUUUGACGAGUUUUGGUUUUCUUGGUCCGGAAGUUACCUCCGUGCAGGCAGGGGCAGUACAGUUGGAAGUGACCAAAUCAUGAGCUGCUAUCAUGCAACACCAUACACAGUCAACUUUAUAAUGAUAGCGACGGGAAGUGGUUCAUCAGGGGAAUGGAGAUUUCCUAAUGAUGUUGCUUGUAAGCACGUUACAAACUCAUAUGUGAGCAUCACCAUUGACGACACAUCUUGCAACGGAAUAAGUUCCUACGCGUGUAACUCUGGAUACAAACAGGUCGCAGGAAACACACAACGUACAUGUGGAUUUGGUGGAAUUCUAUCUGGAUAUCCUCUUGUUUGCUCUGUUUCCACUUGUAAAAUCGACAUAGUGUUCAUCGUCGAAGCUUCGGCCUACACUUCUUCGAUUCAUUCAGCAUUAAUAGCAGCUAUUGGCGAUUUGGCGGGAAGUCUACAAAUUUCAACAAGUAAUAUUUUAGCUGGAGUCAUUACAUAUGACGAUACUGUGGACCUAAACAUCGACCUCAAUGACUACUACUCCGCUUCGACACUGGAUAGCUACAUUACAUCAAUACCUAUAUCAAACGCUGCCUCUGCCGUAAACCUGGCUGAAGCUCUGCGAGUAGGAUUUUACGACUUCUUCACAUUAUCCAAAGGAAAUAGAUUCACAGCUUUCAGACACUUUGUUGUGAUUGCAAAAACGUAUUCUUCACAGACAGGUGCAGCCGUUGCUGAUCAAAUCAGACUGAAUCUGAAAAAUCAACUCUUCACAAUCGGUAUUUCCCCAACUGCAUCUCUAAUCGCCGAUUUAAAAGCCAUUGCUGGGGAUGAUAGUAGAUACCUUCAAGUUAGUUCGGCGGAGGAAUUAUAUCCUCAGUUUAACACCCUUUUCAACAAUAUAGUUGUAUGUCCAGAUUUAUCCUUUGAGCCGAUGACUCUUGAUUGUGAGCUGGAUAUUGUGUUUAUCGUGGAAAGAUACAAUUUGAGAUACACAAAGAGAUUUCUGGCGGAGUUGAUGGACAAUAUCACUGUAUCAAGUAAUGGAAUCAGAGUCGGUAUGGUUUUAUUUGAUUCUGGGGCAUCAACAGUGUUUAACCUAAACACUUACACUUCCUCUGAAUCUGUUCGAAGGGCCAUUGAAUCGAUCUCGGAGACGAAUCAUACCGACCAUUUGGUAGACAAGGGAUUGAUAGAAGCCCGGGACAAUGUGUUUACGGCCGCUAGAGGUGAUCGUACGGAUGCCAGUAAUUACUACGUAAUUAUUGUUGGACCAUUCGAAAGUUAUCCGGAAGCAGUAGCAAAGGACAUAAGGAGUAUUGGAAGCAACUACGUCUUCUCCAUUCAUAUAGGUAAUCAGUACCAGACCGAAUACCAGAAGGCCGUUGAUACCUGUGGAGACUACACCAAAUAUACAAACGUGGAUUCUUACGAAAACCUGAUUAACUUUAAAAAUGAUAUUCUUCAAAAAAUCAUCUCAUGUGAGAGUGUUAACAUAACAAUCCCUGACUGCCCAUUAGACAUUGUUUUCAUCAUGGAAGAUACAGAUGAACUGAGUGCCACAGAAUUUAACGACAUGAAAAGCUUUUUCGUAAGUUUGGUGUCCCGUAUGAUCAUUGGAGACACUGCAAUUAAGGUAGGGGUGGUGACUUACGCUGAUGGGGCCACCACUGCUUUCCCGUUGAACCAGUACUCUACAGCCAAUGGAGUCAUUACCGGAAUCACUAACAUUAACCAGGGAAGUAAUGCCUACAACAGGAGCAGCCGUUACGUGGAUAAAGCCCUGAAAUAUAUCCAGAUGGAAUUCUUUACCACAGGGAAUGGGGACCGUUCUAACGCCGCAAACUACUACAUUCUUCUAACUGGUGGACCGUCUGCUGGAAAUAAAGCUGCUGCAUUUGGAUCGGCAAUUAGAUCUAUAGCUUCCAGUAAUCUAUUCAUUGUUGGCGUUAAUAUUUCCUCGAGUGAUGACCCUGAAUUUCUUGAUACCGUGGAUGACGACAAAUACCUGAAGGCCGUCAACUUUUCUGUUCUUCAAUGUAUCAACGAUGUGGUCGUUCCCAAUAUCACUCAGUGUCCAGACUCGGUCACCCCGGCUAGUUUAGUCUCUCCAAGUUGCCAACUUGAUAUAGUUUUUAUCAUGGAAAGAACAGAAACAUCCUCCCAUGAAAACUACGUGUUCCUGAAAAGUUUCUUCUCCAACAUAGCACUACAGUUGGAUGUAUCCAGUAGCACUAUACGUAUUGGAGUCGUUACGUACGAUACAGAUGCGUACACAACAAUCGCCCUGGACGCGUACAUGACGCCUACAGAAAUCAGCUACCAGAUUCUGAAAUUACAGGAAGGUACAGGCAAAAGAAACAUGAUCGACACCGCAUUGGUUCACACCAAAAAUAACUUCUUUACAGCAGCUAAUGGAGACCGUGCGAGCGCUGCUAAUUAUUACGUGUUCGCCAUAGACGGCGUAAGAAGUGGUGCCUCUAUCCAGGCGGAAUAUAUUAUGAAAGGAUGGCCCAGCACAGUGUUUGCUAUUGAUAUAAACAGUGGUUAUGAAAAAGAGUAUAGAAGAACAGCGGGGGAUAAUAGUCGAUAUUUUUAUGCAUCUUCUUAUGCGAAUUUAUCCGCCAUCGAGUCUGACGUCAUAGCAGCCAUCACGAAAUGUCCUGUUCCACAACCAGUGACCACUACUGACGGUUCUCUCAUGUUCGCCGAUGUCUCUGCCCCUUGCUUGAACAGUCUGAUCUAUUUAUAUCCCGAGGACCUAACAGAAGGAAAAGAUGGAGGACAAAACACGAUGUACUUGAUGACUGAUUUUGUGUAUACCAUAACAAGUUGUUCACGCAUCACUUCUUGGGAAUUCUCUCAUUGGAAAUCUGGAUACAUUGACUUCAUGGUUUGGAGGCCAAGUGGUAGUAAUUAUAAACUGGUGGCUUACAACACUAUCUAUGUUUCAGGCAAAAAUACCACAACAUACACGGUGGUUGAGUACGAGAGGAUUGCUGUUCUUCAAGGUGACCUCAUAGGAUGGCGUAGUAAAGGAGAUAACUUAGUUACAAGUGGGCCGUGUUUAGGACCAUGUGCGGAGGGAUACAAAGCGUCACCAAACAAUGUUCAAAUUGGAGAGGAGUUCGAUUGGACAAACUCGGGCACGUCGAUAAAUGGAACUGCAUAUGCUAUUAAAGCAUGCAUAGAAGACAAUACAGCAAUGGCAUUUUCUACACCGACAAUCAGCGCAAAGAUACCUGACCAUUUACCUGCCGGAUCUUUUGUUACGUUACUGGAGCCAGAUGGCGCAGACUACGCUGAAGUAGUUAAUUAUACCGUCUUGCAACACCCCUCGUAUCCAAAUUCUAUGGAAUAUUUUAAUGUUGGCGAAACAUCGGGCCAAAUUUCAGUGGCUAAAAGGCUUUUGAAAGCCAAAGUGUUGAGUGAUUAUGCCUUCCUUAUCAGGGCUAAGGAUUCUUGUAAUACAACUGCAACGGCGACAGUUUCUAUUCAAACACAGAAUAUGCCCCCUGAAGUCCUUGGUAUGCCCAAUAUCAUUUCUAUAACAGAGGAAACCGAGGGAGAUACAGUAUUGUAUACAACAAUUGUGGAAGAUCCCAGCGGGGAUAGCGUUUGUUGUUCAUUAGAGAGUACGUUACCCAAGACUAACAAUUUUGUGGUUUUCGGCAAUGACACAGGAAUCCGUGUCAAUUAUUCCAUCAUGGCCAGCGACGCACCUGCAUUUUCUUACAGACAAUAUAAUUCUUACAUCGUCAAGUUAUGUUGUGACGACGACGAAGACAAAUCUACAGGAGUACUUAUUGUCAACAUCAAGAAACCAAACAAAACAACAACGUAUGAGCCGCCAGGGUGGUUCAUGAUUUCGAUAGCAAUAUCAUGUACACCUAUUUUCCUUAUGGCUUUAAUGGCGUGCGUUGUACUGAUGCAAACCAUGUUUGUCCCAGAACAAAGAGCUGAUUGACAACAUGUUCCAAUAUUUUUUUUUCAAACAGCAAUGUUUCUGUAUUUACUAGUAUUCAUUAUAUCUCUGAAAUAAAUAAAAACUGUUUCACGUG